UUAUUACGCUCCUCGAUUACGACAAUAUAACACAACUUACACAAGUGCGCUCCAAUUGACAAACUACUUCAAAAUAAAAAUCCUCAUGUCGUAGUCAUUAUUUUUUUUCUUGAUCACUCUCUUUCUCUAUAAUCACUCGACGAAAUUUCUCAAGAAAGUCUACUCAGUGCUCAACCAACAACUUUCUUCCUCCAGUCAAUCUCUCUCCUACCCAGUUUCCAUUUCAUUGAUUUCUCUUCAAUUUCCAAAAGAUCUGCAAUUUUAGUCAACGGGUUUUCAAAUUUACUUCGAUUUUUCUGAAUGAAAACACAAAUUUAUACUCAGCUUAUGUAUUGAUUUUGAUCGUUUGUGGUUUAUUCAUAGUCAUGCAGUCUGGAAGCUGAAAUUCUCAUGGGGAUUUUAAGUUACCACGCGGAGGGAGGGGAAGGGGAGGCGGUUUGAUCGGGGGAAGUGAUUUUAGCUCUCUGCAAGGGAGGGAGAAAAACAUGGGACUGGUUUCCUUAGCUUAGGGAUGAACAUCUUGAAUCUUUCCGGGUGCUAUUGGAAGUGUAAAAGGACAUUUUUCAAAUCCACAGUGUACUUUACCAUUUUGCAGACACUUUUUCAAUUCAGGAGCUUCAGUAUUCAUAGACUAAAACAAAGCAGUGAUAUCAAAAGUCUGAACAAGGCAUUGAGAAUUAUUGAUCUUGUGUCUCCAAAAUCCACCUAUGUCAGUAAUAACCAACAUUGCCAUCUUCAACUUAUUCAGGACUUGCUACAAACGCAUUCAAAGAAUCUUAGUGAAGUUAAAGCAUCCAAUGACUUUGCAAAUCCAUUUUUCGGAAACCAAAAUCCACCUGAUCAAAUGCUUCCAUCUUUCUCUUUCAAGGAUGAUGUGAUUUCAGGAGUUUUUAAACUACAUAGGGAAGGGUUUAGAAUUGAUGUCACAUUGCUUCCACAUGCACUAAGUAUUUGUGGCUAUAGGGGGAAUCUUCAUUGUGGAACUCAGCUUCAGUGCUUAGCUAUCAGAAAUGGGUUGAUUGUAAAUGUCUAUGUUGGAAGCUCUUUAAUUAGCAUGUACUCAAAGUGUGGGGACUUAUGCUCUGCUUCUAUGGCGUUUGAGGAGAUGCCUGUGAGAAAUGUUGUAUCAUGGACUGCUUUUAUAUCUGGAUUUGCUCAAAAGUACCAAGUUGAUGUCUGUUUGGAGCUAUAUAGCCAAAUGAGACAUUCAUCUCUUGAACCUAAUGAUUAUACACUAACAAGUCUCUUGAGUGCAUGUGUUGGUAAUGGCUCUCUUGGACAAGGAAGAAGUGCUCAUUGUCUGGCCAUUCUUUCGGGUUUUGAUUCAUAUCUUCAUGUUGUCAAUGCUCUUGUCUCAAUGUAUUGCAAGUGUGGUGAUGUCGAAGAUGCAUUUUCUAUAUUUGAAUCAAUUCAUGAUAAAGAUAUUGUUUCUUGGAAUUCCAUGAUUUCAGGGUAUGCGUUGCAUGGACUAGCUUGGAAAGCAAUUGAUCUCUUUGAGGAGAUGAAAAGGCAGAAAAUGAAGCCCGACAGUAUUACAUUUCUAGGUGUUCUCUCAUCAUGUCGUCAUGUUGGACUUGUUAAACAAGGUCAUAUGUAUUUUGAUUCAAUGGUAGAAUAUGGUGUGGAGCCUGAUUUGGGCCAUUACUCAUGCAUUGUUGAUCUUCUUGGUCGAGCUGGCUUGAUUGAUGAGGGUCGGAAUUUAAUUUUGGACAUGCCAAUAAAGCCCAAUGCCAUCAUAUGGGGCUCGCUUCUUGCUUCGUGUAGGCUUCAUGAUAAUGUAUGGAUUGGUAUAGAGGCUGCUGAGAACAGGCUUGCACUAGAACCUUCGUGUGCUGCCACCCAUGUGCAGCUUGCAAAGUUAUAUGCAAGAGUUGGAAUGUGGGACCAGGUGGCAAAAGUUUGGAAAAUGAUGAAGGACACCGAUCUCCAAUUAAAUCCCGGAUACAGCUGGAUUGAGAUAGGGAAUGAAGUCCUCAGCUUUAAAGCAGAUGACACUACCAACUCCAGAAUGAAUGAGGUUUUCUGUAUGUUGGAGGGUUUGAAGUGUCAGCUCAAAUCAGAUCAUGUGCCCGAAUCUCACGAAGAGUUUGAUAUUUAUUCCUGCACAAAUAUUUCAUGAUGAAUGGGCAGAAUUAUGCUAAUACACAAAUUUGUUCAGCUGCUGCAUGUGUCCAGCCAUCCACUAAUUGAUUUUGUGAGGUGUUCAAUCUCUCGUCGAAUCUGGAAAAAUAGAAGUUCUCAUGCAUCUGGCAAAAACCAAGACAUGAAGACAAGAUAUGUUGGGUUUACCAGCCCCUAUGGGAUAUGCUGGUUGUCUCUGCUCUGUUCUGCUCUACCUCAGCAUGUAACCCUCCACAAUGACACGGUAGCAACACAUAGCUUCUUGGAAGAAGUAAGCAAAUCAUUGUUGAUUUUCACAGUCCUGAGUUCAUUUCCCAUAGUGAUAACUAAUCCUGGUCCGUCAAUACCUAGAAAACAUCUGCUUGCAGACAUUUCAGAAUUGGGUUGUUUGUCCAGAUUUUGGGGAUCUUGUUAGGGAUAUAGGUAGUGGAGUUUUGAAGUAUGUAGACAUUUAGUCAUGUAUGUAAUUCUCAUAAUAUCUGCAAAAUUUUGUUAUGUUAUGAAUAACACAUAUGUACUCCCAAUAAGCAAAGUUGAAUAAAACUGAAUCCAUUUCUUGCACAGUAUACUCGCUGAACAACUUUGAAUCUCGCACACUCUCAUGUAACCUAAUUGAUUUGAUAGUGCAUGACUUGUUUAUAAUUUUAACA